UAUAAACUACUACAAUUCAAUGCACAAGUCCUGAAAUUAAAAGAAAUCAAUCUUAAGUUCCUAGACUCUAUAUGAGAUUGAUGGCUUCAAGUAAUCAAAGCAUGUUGUAACCAAAUUAACCACAUCAAAUUUUCACAACUAUAAGCUUCAUGACUAAGAUCCAGUAACCUGAGUCGUGAAAUUACUGCAUUUCAUGACUCAUCUGAUGUGAUAAAUCCCCGGCCAUGUUUUCCAAUGAAUUACACUAAACUCAAUGACUCAACUAUGAAAAGUUAACUGUUAAACACAAACCCGAAUCUUGAAAAUUGUUGACUGAUAAUUUUUCAAUGAGAACUUAUAACUGGAAGAUCUGAUAGUAAGGGUCCCAUUACCAGUAGGUUUUAUUCAUUUGCACCAUAAUGUCGUUCUUUAACAUGUUUAUUUCAGCAUAGGGAAAAGCCUUCGUUUUCAUUCGAAGUUCCACAGCUUUAUGAUUAGAAGCAGAAACAUGAUGCAUAAACAACUAAUUGAGAAUAUCCCAAUUGAUGCUUAUAGCAUUUUGAAGCCCAAGUUAUAAUAUCCAAGCUUGAUAAAGAAGUUAGUUUGUGACUGAGAAAUUUCCGAUUACAAAAAUUAUUUUUUAUUUUGCAAGGAAAAUAAGAUGGCAUUGUGCUGCUUGCUUCGUUACAGAUAUAAAGAUCAUACAAAACUAGAAAUGUUUAUGUUCAUUAUCUUCUUUUUUAAGUCACAACUUUUUUUUUAAUUAUUAAUUUAUAUCACCCAUUGGCCAGAAUCUAUCCUUCCAAUUUGGCAGAUCUUAUCUCCGUACAGAUUUUCCUUCCUUUUAUGCAAAAAUGAUAUCCUUCCUUUCCUAUAAAUGCACCUACCUAAAUCCCUCAAAUCCCAAUUCUAAAUGACUUUUGUCUUUUCAUUUUUCUCUUGCAAAUCGUCUUCUCUGAUUUGUGUUUUAUUCUCUUCAAACUGGUCCUAGUUGAAUGAAGUAUGAUGUGUAGGGGCCUAUAUCUGAAAACAUCUAAUACUCCAUCUCCAUCGUCUUCACUGAAAGCAAUUCUUUUACUACAGAAUGGACAUGGAUUAUACAAAUGGUACAGUUGAGGCAGAACAUUCAUUUUCUGUCUUGCUUGAGUAUGCAGCAGAUAAUGAUGUUGAGGGUUUCAAGCGAUCAGUGUGUGAUGAAUCUGAGAUUAUGGAGGUUGGACUUUGGUAUGGUCAUCAGAGGCUGUUCAAAAGGGGAAUUCUUGAGCUUCGAACCCCGUUAAUGGUUGCUGCUACAUAUGGCAGCGUUGAAGUUGUAAAGCUUAUUCUUUCUCUACCAGAGGUGGAUGUAAAUUUCUCUUGUGGUACAGAUAAAAGCACUGCCCUUCAUUGUGCUGCUGCUGGUGGGUCUGUUGAUGCCAUUAAUGCCGUCAAGUUGCUUUUACUUGCUGGUGCUGAUCCUAAUAGUACUGAUGCCAAUGGCCAUCGCCCUAUUGAUGUUGUUGUUGCUUCCCCAAAUUUUCCCUAUUUGAAAACUGCCCUUGUAAAGCUCUUAAAGAAUUCUGUAAAUCAUUGGGAUCUGCAGUUUUCACCUUCCAUUUCAUUGUCAUCAGAAGAUGGUUCCUCAUCUUCUGUUUCAGGUUCAGUAUUGUCCCCAACUACGUCCAAGCUCCAUGAUGUGCGUGUUUCAUCUGCUAAGAAAGAAUACCCUGUUGAUCCGACUGUUCCAGAUAUUAUGAGCAGCAUUUAUACUACAGAUGAGUUUCGGAUGUUCUCAUUCAAGAUCCAGCCUUGUUCCAGGGCAUAUUCCCAUGACUGGACUGAGUGUCCUUUUGUUCAUCCUGGUGAGAAUGCACGCAGAAGAGACCCAAGGAGGUUCCAUUACAGUUGUUUGCCGUGUCCAGAUCACAGGAAGGGGGCAUGCAGGCGUGGGGAUUUGUGCGAAUACUCUCAUGGGAUUUUUGAGUGCUGGCUACAUCCAGCUCAAUACAGAACUCGGCUUUGCAAGGAUGGCACUAGUUGCAUCCGUCGAGUAUGCUUUUUUGCUCACACAUCUGAUGAACUGAGGCCUCUGUACAUGUCUAAUGGUGCUGCUGCUGCUGAUUUCACUGCAGCUUUGAGCAAUUUGUCUGGCUCCCCCUCAGCAGUUUCUGCCAUGUCACCCCUUUCAUUCACUCCACCUAUUUCUCCUUCUAGCAAUGAUCUAUGUUUGUCCAUGUCUUGGCCUCAGUGUAAUAUCUUGAAUUUGAAAACCCCAAGCAACAACCUUCAAGCUAGCCGCCUGAGAACUCCUCUUAAUGCAAAAGAUAUUCCAUCAGAGGAGUUUAAUAGGUUCCAAGAUUUUGAACUCCUCCAAUUACGGCUCCUGAAUGAGCUGUCCUGCGUUUCUCAACCACAUUACAACUCUUCCUCUGCUACUUUGAAACAGUUGAAUGCCACAGAUGUAGACAGGUUUUUGUCUUCUAAGGUUUCAUCUCUGCAGAACACUUACCAAUUGGGUGCUGCACCUGUUUUCUUCCCUUCAUACAAUCCUGCUGUUAUUAAUGAAUUCCAGCCGCAAAGCAUACCAUCUCCAAUUAAGACAGGUGUCUUUUCUCCAAAGAAUGUUGAUUAUUCUCCUCUGCAGGCUUCUUUUGAUUCUUCUUCGCCGAUGAAGAUGUCACCUCGGCUCAAUGAGCUCACAUCCCCAAUGAGCUCGCAGCUACCUACUCUUCCUCAGAGUGAAAAGCUGCAAUUACAGUUGGGCAGCUUAAGGUCACAGGAACUCGGUGUGAAUGCAGAUUGGUCCAUUAGAGCAGAUGAAGUGGGUCUGUUACAGAAAUUAUGUUCAAAUGAGAAAUCUGUGGAUGAGCCUGAUGUGUCAUGGGUUCAAUCAGUGUUGAAGGAAUCACCAUCUGAGACAGAAGAAAACAAAUCAGUUUCAGGUUCUCUUGAGGGUUCCAGUUCAGUUCCCCAGAGUGAAUCCAGUGAUCAUCUAUCUUUCCGAGUAUGGCUCGCGGGAUUAAAGCUUGAUCAGAUCGUUGCUUGGUGAAAAUAAAAAUGGUUCAAAUAGCUGAAAGUUGAAACUGAGAAUUAACAAUAUAGUGGAAACAAUACAAGGUUAUAGGAGGACAGAAUUCAGAGUAACUAUUUCCUCCAUUUUUUUUUAUAAUUUAAUGACAGAACUACCAAAAGGGGUUCAAGAUCCUCUUGUGGGGAUAUUAUUUAGGUUCAUUUUACCCCUAAAUUCUUUUGUUCGAAGUAUAGGGUUGAUGUAAUUUUGUUUAGCUCAUCAGCUGAGUUCCUCCACCCCCAUGUUCUUCUUCCUUGUGGAUAUCAUCUGAGAUAAAUUUGUAAUGGGAAUGAUAAAUUUCAGGAUGUUUAAAAUUCUUAUUUUUGUUUUAAA